AUUUCAGGUAGUCGUCCAACUCGGCGAAAAUUGCGUCGUUUGGCACUAGUUGUACUCUCCGAAAUGAAGCGCCUGGAACCGCCCCUGCUCGGGCCAAUAGGCCCCUCCUCGCGGGCUGACCGGGCGGACAGGCCUCUCCUCGCGGGCGACACGCACCCGUUUACAAAGUAUAUACAACCUUCGAGCCGCCCCGUCUGCCUGCGCUUAUCCCGUCACUCUGCGCUCGGUCACUGCCGCGUGACGGGCCGUGUCGGAUUGAGCUCUGCGCGUGCUGCUUUAGGGUUAUCGUGACGCUGACCAGCCGGUGACGUUCCAGCACGCUUCAUGUCGAACCCAGAACCUCACGUCACAGAAGAGGGCGCAAGCGCGCCGUCGUCGGUGCGUUUCGUCGUCGUGGAUACGGACCUGGGCGUCGACGACGCUCAAGCUAUCGGCAUGCUGCUGUCGGCCGAGCGGCGUGGCGAGCUGCGCGUACUGGGAAUCACCACCGUGGCCGGCAACACCAGCGUCAAGAACGCCACGCGCAAUACACGCCGCCUGCUCGCCACAUACGGCCGUCUGGACGUGCCUGUGUAUGCUGGCGCUCACUGCUUCCUGCUGAGUGGAACAGAUGACCCCCCUGACCAAUACCACGGGGAGAACGGGCUCGGUAACGCCCGCUUCGAGGAGCCGCUGCCCGCAGUCAAACAGCGGCCGGAGCAUGCCGUGACGGCACUCUCUCGCCUCGCCAGCGAGCACAAAGGGGAGCUGACGGUCGUGGCACUGGGACCACUAACAAAUAUCGCCUUGGCUGCACGCAUGGACCAGGAGUUCAUGACGAAUAUCAAUGAUAUCUACCUUAUGGGUGGAAACUACACAGGCCUCGGCAACGUGACGCCGUCCGGCGAGUUCAACUUCGUCUGCGACCCGGAGGCGGCGAACAUCGUGCUCGCGUCCGUGCGCCGACCAAUCUUAAUCGCCUCGUGGGAGGUCUGCCUCAACCACGGCCUCGACAUGGUC